AUGGCGUCUGCAAGAGCACAAUCUCAGCUGAGCAAGCGAGUCGAUCUGGACAUUCCCGGGACAAUUCCUUCGAUUGUUCAGGCUCCACAAGUCAUCCUCGGCAACCACCCUCCGCAGCCUACCUUCCCUGCGUACAACGUUGGCUACAAUGUCCAUGGCCAAAUGCAACAAGUACACCAACAAAUUCCACCUCGGCCACGCCCUGGAAGAGGCUCAGCUCAUCCUUAUCAUAUGAGCACCCAAGCCAACCUGCAUCCGAUUUUGUUCCAACUGGAACCGGCUCCCUCUCCGCUCACCAAUGUUGAUGUUCCAUUGCUCGUCAAUGCCCAAACGGAGGAAAUUGAAACCGGGCCUGGUCCCCAAUCUAGACCGCUCCGAUACUUCUGGCACCUACCUCGGUGGGUCGACGUUGACGUCUUGGGGCACACCAUGGAGCUGUGGCUGCGUCUCGACCCUCGCGUCCGCAUGGCAGACAUCCUCGACAGGAUCAAUGUCGUUGACAACAGACCAAACGCAAACGUCUUCAACAUGAGGCGCAUUCGAUUCAGGGAUGCCAUCCACGUGCCUGCCAUGGACACCGUCCGCCGCGACCCAGGCGCCACAGAAGUCGAAUUGCUCGGGCGCUUGACACGGGAACAGGUCUUGUUGAACACAGCGAUGCGUGUCGAUUUGCGCAAUAACAGACUCCUCAAGCCGGUCCUUGACCACACGAGGUCGACAUUGGGGUUCGUCGAUAGCGGAUUGCCCAUCGACUACUUUGUCAGCACAUAUGCGUUCCCUAUUCCUAUCCCCUCGGAUAGGCAGGUGAUCACGUUGGCGCUCCGCCACAGAAUGCAGCGGUUAGCAGUUGCACAAGGCCACGGACGUGGCGCAACAGCGUACAACGACCUACACAUCAAUCUCAUUCCUCCGUGGUGGCAUCGACGCUCCGACGCGCGUCCGGCCAGGAUUGCCGCCAUAGACAACCUGACGCAUCGGGAGUGGAUGGACAAUUACAUUAACGGCCAGGGACGAAGGCCAACACUGCCACGGCAGCCGCAUCGGCAGCUACGGCAGCAACAGCAACGACCUGUGGCAGGUGCCCCGCCUGUUGUGACUGCCGACCAGGUGAUUGACCCGCGUCUCCAGAGCAGAGACCCCCCUAUUGCGUUCCCUGGUCUUUUCCGGCCAGGUGUACCGAACGAGCCAGAAGAGUCAAGGUACAGCUUCAACACAUCAGACGGUGUCACUCAUUAUUACGUGGAGCCUCAGCACCAACAUGCGUAUCGGUGA